CCAUACUCCCUCUCCCAUCUACACAUUUACAUCCAACACUCUCUUGUCUCAACCUGCAUUCACUACUACAUCACCAUCUCUCUCUCACUCUCACUCACUCACUCUACAUAUCAUCACUCUCUCCCCUCGCAAGCUCUAUCUUCAUGGCUUUUCAACUUCUUCCACUCAUUAUCCUCCUCAUUGCCCCAUUAGCCGCCAAUGCGGGUCAAUGGCCACCCUUACCGGGUUACUACCCGAGUACCCGGUUCCGCUCCAUGAGCUUCUAUCAGGGGUACAGAAACCUCUGGGGUCCGGGUCAUCAGAGCGUCGAUAACAAUGGAAUCACCAUUUGGCUUGACAGAAACUCUGGAAGUGGGUUCAAGUCGGUGAAACCAUUUCGAUCCGGGUACUUCGGAGCAUCCGUUAAGCUCCAACCGGGCUAUACUGCUGGAGUUAUUACCGCUUUCUAUCUUUCAAACAAUGAAGCUCAUCCAGGGUUCCACGAUGAGGUGGAUAUCGAGUUUCUUGGGACGACAUUUGGGAAGCCAUAUACACUUCAGACAAAUGUGUAUGUACGAGGAAGUGGGGAUGGAAGAAUUAUUGGGAGAGAGAUGAAAUUUCAUUUAUGGUUCGAUCCCACACAAGAUUUUCAUCAUUACGCCAUACUGUGGAGUCCCAAGGAGAUCAUAUUCUUUGUGGACGAUGUGCCAAUAAGAAGGUAUCCAAGAAAGAGUGCGACAACAUUUCCCUUAAGACCAAUGUGGGUGUAUGGAUCAAUAUGGGAUGCAUCGUCAUGGGCAACCGAGGAUGGUAAAUACAAGGCCGAUUAUCGUUACCAACCCUUCGUCGGAAAAUUCACCAACUUCAAGGCGAGUGGUUGCACCGCAUAUGCUCCGGCAUGGUGCCACCCUGUCUCCGCCUCGCCCUACCGCUCCGGUCGCCUCACUGGGCAACAAACCAGGGCUAUGCAAUGGGUACAAAGUCACUAUAUGGUAUAUGAUUAUUGCAGGGACUAUAAAAGGGACCAUUCACUUACUCCAGAAUGUUGGCGCUAGUUGAAAUUAAGAUUCUUACAGUCAAGCCCGAAAUAUAUGAUGUAUUUCAAUCUUAAAUUGCUACCACAAUUCCCAAAAAAAAAAAAAAAAAAAGGAAAAAGGGUUUCCUUGAGAUGGGUCCCUCUUGCCAACAACAAAGUGCAAGAGUAGAAGUUGAGCAUCCAAGCUACCAAAAAUUGAAAAUUUGCAUUUUCUUCUUUGAAUUUGUCUUAAUUUGUAUAUUAUGUUUUUCAAUGGGUUUUUUUUUUUCUUUAAUUCAUUAAGGAAAAAAGAAAAAGGACCGGACAGGAGAGUGAGUGAGGGUUGAUGAAUAAGGAGAGAGAAAGAGUGAGAGUGUAUUUUUAGUUUGAAAGAGAGAGAGAGAGUAUAUUCACUUGUCAAUUUGUCAAUAAAGCAAGAGAUUUUUGGUUCAUUUCA